UUCAGCUGGCGCUCAUUAUACCCAUGACGGGUAAACCCAAAGCCGGCCCGGUGUUACACCGGAAGUUCUCCCCCUAGCAACAAGUCCCAUUUAAUUUGUUCCGGGUUUGUUCACCCGGUGACAUAUAUGCUACAUAUAAAUGUCGAUGUAUUUUAUAAAUAAUGUAAAUACAUUCUUUAUUGUCUACUAAUUACCAGAAAUCGCUGUUCUGUCUCAACAACUCAAUUCUUUGCCUGCUAUGAACUUCCCAGAACUAUUGAGUCACGUUAUAAUCGAGAAUUUACCUGUCGCAACUUGCUCUCUCUGUGGCUUUCACAAGUAAACCGAAACUAAAAGUUAGAGUUCGUUAUGUGAAAAGACCAUUUCUCAAUGCUGUAAACCAAAGCUUACAACUUCUGUCUUAUUUAUCGGUCAGUUUGAGAUUCAGACACCAGAAUGUCUCACACUGUCAUACCUGUGAACUCUUCAACGCUCGUCAUCCAGCUGCAGCCAGCAACACAAACAGCUCCUGUUUCGACGGUGACCAAUGCUCCUGUGCCUGUUUAUGUACAACAGGUGGUGGGAGCGUCACAUCUUCAUGGAUUUAAGGCAUUUCUGAAAGGCCAACCAAAAGCCCUCGGGACGGUCCAGAUAAUGAUCGGUGUGUGGACUCUCCUGUUUGGCAUUGUGUUUACAGUUCAUGCAGAACCCAUCUUUGUCUAUACUGGUAUUGCUUACUGGGGAUCUCUCAUCUACAUUACCGCAGGCGCACUCUGCAUUGCUGCAGAAAACAAAAUUAAUUCACCCUCCAGUUUGUGUUUGGUGAAUGCUUCACUUGGAAUGAACAUUUUCAGUAUUAUAAGUUCAAGCAUUGCCAUAAUUUUCAUUUCACUGGAUUUGGCUAUAGGUCAACACAUGUACUGCAGGGGAUAUAACUGUAAUUAUUUAGAGAGUAAUUAUAAGAUGCUCUUAAGGGGAAUCAGAGGUGUAUUGCUGUUAUUCGCCGUGCUUGAGUUUAUCAUCUCCAUCUAUCUGUCAGCAUUUGCCUGUAAAGCCAUCCCCUGCUGUUCUGGAGUGCAGUUUGCUCAGAUUUUACCACCACAGUCCUCUGAUUUCAGGCCCAUUCAUUUCCAGGAUCUUUACAGCUCAGAGAUACCUGAGGCCAGCAGCUCUUCCAUUCAUCACCCGCCUGCAGACGCUCCUCCACAAUACAGUGAAUGCAAUCAAUAUGAAUAAGUGAACAGUAUUCCCUUAUUAAACAAAAAUGUAUGGGGUAUGGGGUAUGGGAGGGGGGUCCUAAUCGUCUGGUCUAAAUAUACAAACGAGAUGAUACCCCCAUCCAGAGUCUCUCCGGGCCGUCAAUUCAAGACGCCCAGAUCAACCUGACCAUCAUCCUAUCCUCUUUAACUUUUCAUCCCUAACAUUCUGAGCAAUAAACUAUUCAUUUUUCAUAUUUCACUCAACUAUUCAAACUAUUAUUUACAUAUUUGGUUGUGGUGUGGUCCAUGAAAUCUAUCAUUUAAAAGAAACAUACACUGAAGGUCAAUGUGAUUGCCAUUUUGAGUAAGUAGGAUGUAAUAUUUAAAUAAAUGUUUACUUCAAUUUCAGCUGUGCAUGUUCAUAAUUACUGUGAAAUGCCAGUGUGACAAUGAUACAUGGAUCUAAGACAAGACGUCACCAUUUUGGAGUCCACAUCAAAUCAAGUUUACAAAAGUCAUUUCAUAUACUUAAAAUUAAAUGUUAAGUGCAAGUAAAGGGUCUACUUUCAUUUUUCAAUUAACUUUGGUGAAAAUAAAAUGUCAAAAUAAUUUUGUUUAACAAAAUGUUGGCCAUGCUAAAACCUUUUAUAAUAGUUACUUUCCGAUUGGAGAUGCUGUUCCUACUUUUUUAUCUGUGUGUGUUAUUUGCAAUAAAGCGUUUACAUAUUG